AUGGCGCUCAUCGCCUCUACAUUAGUACCAGCCUUCAUACUGUUGUUUGUACCGGCUUUCCUUGGAGCUUCGAUAAGUUAUACAACUCCAAUAGUUGGCCUCGGUUGUCGGUCACUUACGCUACUCGUAUAUGCCUGUGCGCAGGCUAUACUCAUCAUACUUUGGCUUCUGAAGUGGACGUUGUGGGGGACUAUGGGUCGCAGCAAGAAGAUAUUCGAGAGGAGCGAGCUGUUCCUCGGCUUGGCAAAUGCGUCUUGGUACUUUGUGUUCUUCAUAGGAAGCUUUGCUUCUUUUGUUACAGGAAUCAUGGGAACAGUUUUUGUGCUCAUGUCUCUGUACGCCAAUUGCCUCUGUUCAACACCUGUAAGUAACGUCCUGCAAGUUUCUGUUGCAGUUUAG